AUGGCCAAUUUGCAAAUCGGCAACAUGCAGGGAUUGCCAACCGAGCUUACCUCAUUCCUGACAACAUUGCAGGCACAAAUCAUGAAUGUGCAAAACAGAACCGACCAGUUGGAGCGACUUGCAGCAGAGAAUGCAAGACUAACUACUGAAUUAGACCAUGCUAGAACAACAAUUGCUAAUCUGCAGAAGCAAUUAGGAUCUCAGAGUGCACCUGAAAAAAACUUUUCAGAAAUUUCACUUUCGAACCCAGCCGGCGCAGUAGGUGCUCCUGACAAAAACAAUGAACCAGGUCUGGAAGCCUCCACUUGGGCUAGUAAAGCCAGUGUUUCUCUUCCUGUAACUGCCCCAAAAAUGUCUGCUGUUCCCUCUGCUCGCCGUAUUGCAGCUUCUGUUCGUAUGUUUGCUCUUCCCUCUGGUCCUUCAGGUUAUGAAUAUGUUUAUAUUCCAAGAUCAAGACGCCUUAAGCACAAAGAAGUCCGUUCCUCUCUCCGCACUCUUGGUGUGGAUUCUUCUCGACUUUUGGACAUUAUCUUCCCAGCCAGAGGUGUCAUUGGCAUCCUUGUUCAUGUCCAGUAUGCUGAUACAUUUAAGGCCAAACUGACAACUGCUUCUGUUGAGAUUUUGGACGCAUUUGAUCCACUUGAUCCUGAUAAUGUUGCUGAUCCCAAGUAUGCAUCUCUGUCCACUCAUGAACUUGCCAACACUGCUGCCAUGCUUCACCAUGAUAGAUGUCUCCAAGCCCUACAGUUCUUGCGCCCACAUGUUGCUAUCCCAGUUGGUCACUUCUUUUGUGAGGAAGGGUGGAUCAGUGAAGAUGAAAUACCAACACGUACUACUCUUACCAAUGCUACUGGCGGGUCUUUGUUCAAACCUGGCACCUAUAGGGGCUCUAUGGGUGUUUCUGUUCUCAUAUCACCUCACUGUCCUUAUGCCGUCACUCAAAUACCUAUGCCCUCCAAAUAUGCUCUGGCUGUCAAAAUUGGCUCACUCAGAAUUGUAUGCUUAUAUCUUCCACCAAAUAUGCCCACUCAUGAUGUCCUACAUGUACUCUCUUCCAUUCCUUUAACACAUGAUACCAUUCUUUGUGGUGACUUCAAUGCAAGACUUGGCUCUGUUACUGGUGACUAUGCAUCAAAUUCUCGUGGACUGGCACUAUGUUCUUGGAUAGAAGAGAGAUCUCUAUCAGUUGUAAAUGCAGAUCUUGCACCUUGCAUACCAACAUAUAUUUCUUUCCGCAACAACUAUGAAAUCAGCAGUAUUAUUGACCUCUUUAUAACUAAUAUGCCACUCAUCAAUCCUUCUCUUCAUAUUGCUACUGACUUGUCCCUUGGAUCAGAUCAUCGCCUUUUAUCACUUUCCUUUACCUAUGACCUACAGCACUCUACCAAUAUGCCACCACCAUUACGCAAGACAUGGAACCUCUCACGCCUCAAUGAACCUGAUGUCCAUGCUCUUUAUGCUCAUAUCUUCACUCAAAACUCAACCUCCCUCCUUUCCACCUUGCAAGACAUUGUACAGAAUCCACCGCUCACUAGACCCAACAUUGAUGCUAUCACUGAUGAGUUCAAUUUACUCAUUUAUGACUCAUUAAAUAGCUCAAUUGGACAUCGACCCUCUCGCCCAAAUCAUUGGAAAUCCUUCUGGAAUGUAGCUUUGCAAACAGCAGCAGAUCGUCAUAACCAAUGUUACAAAAAAUGGCGCCUAGUAAUAGGUAUUGACAAAGUUGUUUGGUGGACUAAACACAAGCAUGCACAGGCCGAAUUCCGAUCUCAGGUUCAGCAAGCAAAACGUCAGUCUUGGCAUGUCUUUUGUCAGUCUAUGGAACGUGACUUCAGCAAAGCAACAUCAAAGAUAAAGCAGUUAAAACGCCGUAGACAGCCACAACAUACUUUCCAGCACGAUGAUGGACCAGCCGUAGCAGCAGCAACAAUGUGUGACUAUUUGGUAACAGUAUAUAGUGGACAUAUACUUCCAGCAACCCGACCACCAGCACCAAUGACCACUUGUAACAGUGUGCCUUUUGCCUCUGAUGACUCUCCCUUUACCUCACCAAUUGUAGAGGAAUUCGUGCAAUUUAUGCCUAACCGCAAGGCACCAGGACCAGACCAUAUCAGAGCUGAAAUGCUAAAACCUGUAAAAACACAUGUCUCACCCAUUCUUACUUUAUUAUUUACAGUUUGCUGGCAAUGGUCAUAUGUUCCAACUAUUUCCACUCUGCUGAAGCAAGAUAUUAAAGUUCUGGAGUCCAUUCAAGAUAAGUGUCUUUGCAUGAUUGUUGGGGGGCAUGCCACGUCCUCUACAAUUGUGUUGAAGCACAUCUGCAAUCUGCCAAGUAUGAAGUUUCGUGCAGAUGUUCUUAUAGUCAAAUUUUGUAUCAGAUCACACUUUCUGCCUGCCCAGUGCCUUUUGUCUCUUUUACACCGUCAUCAUACCAUCUAUUCUUCACUUGUCUCCCUGGGAAAAACCAACCUUCUGUCACAUCUCCCUCCAACACUCAAACUCCAAAGCCCUAGUGCAGUAAAAAACCAUUUUGAAAGCAUUAGAGAAGCUGGAUUUACAACCUUUCUCCAGUCCAAUACACAAGUUCUCAUUCAAGCAUGCCGCCCAGUUCUUGGAGUUGAUCCAAUUUUGUUUCUGCCAGCCUCACAUGUGGAACGUGGCCGUUUGAUUCGUUGGAGAAUGGGAUGGUUGCCAGGCAAACCAAAGGAAUGUCCUUGUGGAUCUGAUCACACCUCACGCUGCCAUUUGUUGGAUUGCCCACUUGUUCCUGUGGCACUAUUUGAACAGUUGCCUCAACCUGACCAUGACCAGAUACACAGAAUUGAUUUUGCCAUCACAUCCUUGCCUUUGUCAUCUCAAGAACCGCGACCUGCUUACUGGAUACCACUGCUGACUAUUCUCUGGCACAUAGAUAUUAUAUGUAAUCCUGAUGGUGACUAUUCACAUGAGACUGAACAUGGUGCUCUUUGGAUAUAA